ACACGAAGAGAAUCGAAAGUCUCUCUCGAUAAAAAACAAAAACAAAAAGGAAACAAGACGAAGAGGAUCGAGGAGCCGUCGGCGAGAAAAAGACCUGGGAGCGGAAUAAUCCACUCCGAUGGCGGCAGCGCUUCGUUCUGCGGCGAGGAAGAUCUGCGGUCACGCCUUUGAGCGACCGCAUGCGCUUCUCAGGACGGCCGCUUCAGCUGCCAUCAAGGAGGAACAGUGGCGGCUGCUGGCAAGGAUUGGCCAUGGCCGAAGCUCACUUCGCCGGUUCACCUCCUCCGAGUCACCAAGUUUUCUUAAUAAUAAGAACAAGGGUUGCAGAUAUUUUUCUCAAAAAGGAAUGAAUGGUCUUAUGAAACACAAUGCUUCUUCAAAUCUUCUGGUUAUGAGAUGGUUAUCAAGCGAGCGGUCAUUGAAGUCGCGCUCGUGUAGCUUAUUAUCAGUCUCCGAAGACAAACCACCUACUUACUUUGUGUUUUCAAGAUUUAUUUGUUUGGCAAUGAUGUCCUUGUAUAUCUUAACACUUGGUCAUGUGUCGAUCCUCUACUAUAAGUCAACCAUGAGUGUCGUAGAGGAUGACUAGUUUGCCACAGUGUACUUGAACUUGGAUGUGUCAGAACUUGUGUUCCAUUCAACUUUUACCUUAUCUAGUGCAUUAUGUCAUCCAUCCAUGUAAGGUAUGACCAAUGCAUAGCCUCAUGGUGAUGCCCCGUGUGCCAUGUAGGAUCGGAGGUCAGGGAAAGUAGGUUCGGAUAGGGUAGCGGGAUCCUCUGCAAGAGGCGGGUGCUUGGAAAGAAAAAGUGUGGUCCGAUGUAAAAAGCUGAAAAAGUUGGAGUAAAGAGUAGAGAUGCAUAUGUAUUAAAGUUUCUAUUUUCCAUUA